AUGACUUCCAACAACCACAGAAACUAUGACAAUAGUAGCAGCAGCAGCAGCAGCAGCAAUGGUAUUAGGGACACCAACAGCCUUAGUAAAAAACUCGUUGAGACUGAAUUAGACAUGAAUCAGGUCGAUACGAACCAAGAAACCGCACCUCCCGCACAGUCCACAAGAAUCGCUUUGCCUCAGGGACACACCAAGCCGGAAACAAGUGCCAGCGGCGCAAGCAUCAGCGGCGUAACAACAAGUUCCAGACAGGAUCGGGGAGUUACUGCCAAUCCUGUGUUGCAGCGUGCAGAUAUGAUUAUAUCACUCGGAGAAUCCAAGAUCAAGGAACUGGCAUAUCUUAAAAUGGAAUGUGAUUCAGAGAUAUUGAAUGCAAUGUUGACAAGCAAGGAGCCCCCAGAAGACUUGGAGGAAUUAGCCCGUCGCUCGCAUUUAAUAGGACGUUCCAUUCAGCUCCAGAAUGAGAUCGACUUACGUCAAGCGUUGUUAAAAUCUAUUCAGGAUAGUCAUGGAGCACGGCAGUACUAG